AUGCCUUCCGCAGAGACGAAACCGAGAACCUUGUAUGACAAGGUCUUCGCUGACCACAUUGUCAACGAGCAAGACGAUGGCACUUGCCUGCUUUACAUCGACCGCCAUCUCGUCCACGAGGUGACCUCCCCUCAGGCUUUCGAGGGUCUCACAAAUGCCAGCCGCAAGGUCCGCCGGCCGGACUGCACUCUGGUGACCGUUGACCAUAACAUCCCCACCUCCUCCCGCAAGAACUUCAAGAACGCCUCCGACUUCAUCAAGGAAAAUGACUCGCGUCUCCAAUGUACCACCCUCGAGGAAAAUGUCAAGACCUUCGGCCUCACCUACUUCGGUAUGGGUGACAAGCGGCAGGGCAUUGUCCACAUUAUUGGUCCCGAGCAGGGCUUCACUCUGCCCGGAACCACUGUUGUUUGUGGUGACAGCCAUACCUCCACCCACGGUGCCUUCGGUGCGCUCGCUUUCGGUAUCGGUACCAGUGAAGUCGAGCACGUCCUUGCUACUCAGACCCUCCUUACCCGCCGCAGCAAGAACAUGAAGAUCCAGGUCGAUGGCGAGCUUCCUCCCGGUGUCACCAGCAAAGACGUCGUUCUCCACAUUAUUGGUGUCAUUGGAACUGCUGGCGGUACCGGCGCUGUCAUUGAGUUCUGUGGAUCCGUGAUUCGUGGCCUCAGCAUGGAAGCCCGUAUGUCCAUGUGCAACAUGUCCAUUGAGGGUGGUGCUCGUGCUGGCAUGAUUGCCCCCGAUGAAAUCACUUUUGAGUACCUCAAGGGCCGUCCCCUGGCUCCUGAGUACGGCAGCGCCGAGUGGAAGAAGGCCGUUAACUACUGGUCUACUCUGAAGACCGACCCUGGCGCGAAGUUCGACACUGAGAUCUACCUUGAUGGCAAGGAUAUCAUUCCUACCAUCUCAUGGGGCACUUCCCCCCAGGAUGUCGUUCCUAUCAACGGAGUUGUCCCCGGCCCCGACGACUUUGAGGACGAGAGCCGUAAGCUCGCUUGCAAGCGUGCUCUUGAGUACAUGGGUCUCACCCCUGGUACCCCCAUGAAGGAGAUUCCUGUCGACAAGGUCUUCAUCGGAUCUUGCACGAACGCCCGCAUUGAGGAUCUGCGCGCCGCUGCCAAGGUGGUCAACGGCAAGAAGAUUGCUUCUAACAUUCUACGCGCGAUGAUUGUCCCCGGGUCUGGUCUGGUCAAGGAGCAGGCUGAGGCCGAGGGUCUCGACAAGAUCUUCACCGAUGCUGGCUUUGAGUGGCGUGAGGCUGGUUGCUCUAUGUGUCUGGGUAUGAACCCCGAUAUUCUCUCCCCCAAGGAGCGUUGUGCCUCCACCUCCAACCGCAACUUCGAGGGUCGCCAGGGUGCUCAGGGCCGCACUCAUCUGAUGUCACCUGCUAUGGCAGCGACUGCUGCCAUUGUUGGCAAACUUGCCGACGUUCGCGAGCAUGUUGUCGCUAGCCCAGUCAUUGCCAAGACCGAGGAUGAGCUUGACCGUGUCCUCGACCUCCCCGCUGAUAACGAGCCCCACACCAACACCUCCGUUGGUGGUGGCAGCAGCAGCAGCACUGGCCUGCCGAAGUUCACCACCCUGAAGGGUAUCGCUGCUCCUCUGGACCGUUCGAACGUCGAUACCGACGCCAUCAUCCCCAAGCAGUUCCUGAAGACUAUCAAGCGUACUGGUCUCGGUACCGCAGCCUUCUACGAGCUUCGCUAUGACCCCGCUACAGGCAAGGAGAACCCGGACUUCAUCCUGAACCAGGGCAUUUACCGCCAAUCCAAGAUCCUGGUCUGCAUCAUCGCCCCCUCUUUCGCUGAUAUCUUCUUCAACAACACCUUCAAGAACGGCAUGCUUCCCGUCCCUAUCAGCGACGAAGCUGCUCUGGCCAAGAUCGCCGCUGAGGCCCACGCCGGCCGCGAAAUUGAAGUCGACCUUGUCAAUCAGGAAAUCAAGGACUCCGAGGGCAACAAGCUCGCCUCCUUCGAGGUCGACAGCUUCCGCAAGCACUGCCUCGUCAACGGCCUCGAUGACAUUGGUCUUACUCUCCAGAUGGAGAGCAAGAUUCGCAACUUCGAGACCAAGCGCAGCCUCGAGACCCCCUGGUUGGACGGCAGUGGCUACCUCAAGCGUGGCAACCGCGGCGCUACCCGCAUCGAGGCCGCUCCCGUUCCUAAGACCAACCGUGGUGAUGUGAAGAACGAGCCCCUCGAGUGGUAA